CUCGCAAGAACCACCAACCGAUUGUGCAAUUGAGCGUCAUGGUUGUCCGCCUCCGCUUGGCCCGAUGGGGCCGCGUCCACUCGCCGUUCUACCGCAUCGUUGCCGCCGAUGCGCGCUGCCCUCGUGACGGGCGUCAUUUGGAAAUCCUGGGCACGUACAACCCGAUUGCUGCGGCGGAUGGAGUGAAGGAACUGCGUGUGAACAACGACCGCAUCAAGUACUGGCUGAGCGUCGGCGCCCAGCCCAGCGACCGCGUUGCGUUCUUGUUGGGUCUGGCAAACGUGCUGCCCAUCCCGCCGUCUCGUCAGUACACGAAGAAGAACCAGUCGAAGCAAGAAGACAAGUAGACGACACCCCAACAAACACAUACCCGCGACAGCCCAACCUCGCGCGCGCCCUUCAUAAGCCUAGAAUAACAUCCCAACCGCCCUCAUCCUUUCGUA